UUUAUAAUAGGAAUAUUCUGGGUGAACACAAUGCUAAGAAUGGGGCUCAGCGACCUUAGCAUUAGGACUGUGGGUUCAGCCGGGAUGGAGGCCCAGCAUUGGGAUGUUGAACCUAGAUCAGCGUGAGAACUAUUGGGAGUUUAAUGUCAGGGAUGGGUGCUCAACAAUGGAGGUUUGGAUUAGGAGUGGGGUGGAUGUCACUGGGAGAAAAUAUGUUUAACCUAUAUUGGUGAAGGGAAGGAUUAGAACACAAGGUUUUUUUCAAGAGUCAAUGUUGAAAAAAUUAUCCUUGCAUAUGUUUUGAAAAUAAAAAACUUCAAUAAAAAAGAAAAGAAAAUGAUAUACACAAUGACUACAGCAAUACACACUGGGACAGUAAGAGUCCACGGGGCAGAGCAGAACCCAAAUCCAGAACUGAACACCGAAGUUAUUGCAGCCAAGCCUGGUCCGGAAGAAGAGCCACGAGAAUGUAUCUGCCGCCAUUUCUGCUCACGAGGGGAUGAUGUAGCUAAGUGCUGCCUGAGCUGCCAAGACCCAGUUGAUUGAUUGAUGGUUGGUUGGUUUUAAUAAUGGGUUUGGAUCUUCUUUCCUUUCUGUUCUUUGUUAUAAAGGACAGUUCUCUGGAUUACAGAGGAGGAGCGUUUCAUUCCAGGAUGGGGAAUGAAAGGGACAGAAAAACAAAACGUGUAAUAAAAUAGUGUUAAAGGAACGAGACCGGAGGUGGGGAUGGGAGUCAGUGUUAGGAAUCAAAACGCGGUCGUAGCCACGGAGACUCGGACUCAGAUGUUGGUAAAGAUGAACAUUCGCUCCCUGGGAAGCGGUCACCGGGGCAACGGGGGCUCAGGGAUGCGGCCGGGACCGAGGCAUGAGAUCAGGGAGAGGGAGCUCGGUGUCUGCGCGGGGAUGGCUGCCGAGCCAUGGGGGCUCCGUGGCAGGAAUGGGCCCCGCUUCCAGGAAUGGGGCGUUUUUGUGGUGGUGAAGAAGUGGGCACCGAGGGGAUGCCCAGCAACUGAAUGAAUAUGGGACUGUAACGGGAGGCUCCUGUGCUAUGGGAAGUGUCAGUGGGAUGCUUCCAGAAAACCUGAGAGACCCAUGAUCUGGCCCAACGGGAACUGAGCGGAACCGAGAGAACUUCCUCCACGGUGACAGUGACCGACGGGGAAGGCUGAGCUACUCCAACCGAGACGAUUCCAAAGGCCACAAGAUGGGAAACGCUCUCUCCCUUGGGGGAGAACUGGUGAAUUCUGGGUACAGACUGAAGUGGACUUUUUAAUCUUAAAUGUUUCUCGCAUUGUGAGUGUCUAUGCGUGACUGAUAUGGAAAUGUGCUUUGCGUGGCUUCCCACGUAUGAGCAGUUGCUUGCCUUCUUAAGGGGUGGCUGAGGGGCAGGAGAGAGGGAGACAAUUUGGAAUCAAAUUGGUUUUAAAUGAAUGUCAAGAUUUUAAACGUGGCCAGGAAAUAUUUAAUAAAAUACAUUAAAAUAUAUAUUUUACAUGUUUAAAAAAGAAUGGCCUAUCACUGGGGGAGAGGAGGGCUCUCCCUUUAGGUAAAGUUACCUGCUCCGGGGCAAGGAUGAAAUUCUAAGGGGAUCUGGAAUAAAGGCUCAGAUUACUUUCAAAACAGGGACGCUUGAAGGCUUUAGAGGCCAAAGGAAAGAAGGGAAAGGUCGAUCAUAAACCAAAGUUGCGAGCAUGGGGAGGAGGGGAGAAAGCCUUUCAGCUGAUUGGUGAGCAUUUUUUAACUAAGGACCAAUCAGCUUUCAAAGGGAAGAAGGGGACCGGAGAGGAGAGGGGGAAGGGACCGCUUGCCCUCCACUCCUCCUGCCCCCACCCCGCCCCCAUCUGCUCUGACCAUUGGCCUGGGUCUGGACCCCUCCUGCCCCACCCCCAUUGGACCAGCCGGUUGGGUCAGGUGAGAGGAAGAUGGCGUCCCCCGAAAGGAGCCUGUCUCAGGUGCAAGCCCGGAUCGGCGCCUCCCACGGCAUCACCGACCUGAGCCAAAAAAUCCACUUCUACGACGGGUGGGCUUCUGACUAUGAUCAGGAUGUGGCCGCCCUGGAUUACCGAGCUCCCCGCCUGGCUGUGGACUGCCUGGCCUCGGCCUUCCCCUCCAGGCCCCAAGAGGCUCUGCUCCUGGACGUGGCCUGUGGUACUGGACUGGUGGCUGUUGAGCUACAGAAGCGGGGAUUCUGCAACCUCCACGGAAUAGAAGGCAGCAAAAACAUGCUGGAGCUGGCCAAGAGGAGGGGCUUGUACCAGCGGCUGAGCCUCUGUGUCCUGGGCCCAGAACCUCUGCCGGCCCCUGCAGAUCGUUACGAUGCCGUGAUGGUGGUUGGGGCCCUCAGCGAUGGGCAGGUUCCUUGCAGUGCAGUGUCUGAGCUCCUCCGCGUCACAAAGCCAGGGGGUCUGCUGUGUCUCACCACCAGAGCCAACCCUUCAAACCUGCCCUAUAAAGAGGCCCUGGAGGCAGAGCUGGCCAGGCUGGAGCAGGCUGGGGAAUGGAAGCGAGUCGGGGUCCACACUGUGGAUCAGUGGGAACUGGCUACGUCGGAGCAAGAGGCGGCAGGCUUUUCCAGCAGCAGCCCGGCCUUCAUCUCCGGGGUCAUCUAUCUCUACUGUAAGCAGGAAGCUCCCCCGGCCAAGGCCCGGGGAGUCUAGGAAGACUACAGGCCGCCGGUCAGACAUCACUUCCAGAGCCUAGUACAUAGUAGGCGCUUCAUAAAUAAUGAUUGAUGCUUCAACUUGAUUUUUCUCAUCUGUAAAAUGGGGACAGAUCAAUCCUGCACUGCUCCCUCAGGAAUAUCUGCAAAUAUGGUGAAUUAAAAGAGGAAACCAGCUUGAAAAGUUAAUGGCAAAAAGAAAAAAGUGAUAGUCUACGCAUUGGAGAACUAAUUAUUUGUCCUUAAAAAGAAAAGCUAAGUCGAAUCCAGGUCCUCAGACUCCAAAUCCCAGGGCAUGGGUCCCACUCAUUCUGAGUCUCAGAGAAAGGAAUUGCUCAAGCCUUAGAUAAUUUGAACCCUAAGUCACCCCGCUCCAAAUUCAGCAUUAUUUCCACUUCACCCUCCUGAUCCCAUCUCAUUAAAUGACUCAGUUUUAUAAAUAAGCAAACAUACUUCUGCUGAUCAAAUAAAUCAUCCACCUCAAACCCACUUCUGACUAUUGUCCAAAGGGACACGUCGUCGCCGCCAUUGAAGAAAGAAUUAAAAAGCUUUCCUGACUUCAUAGAAGCCUUUGGUCCUCAGGGAUUUUCUCCGCCAGUGGAUAAUAAUAGGACAACUGCUCUGAUGUGAGACCUGGGUAAUUAUUUGGAUGUUGGGAGGAGGGAGAGAACAGGGCGAGGAAGCUCGCUGGGUUAAGGCCCUGGGUUUAUAAAGGAGGGAGGGAAGGAGGGAGGGAGGCAGGAGGCCACAAGUGAUGGCAGGGCGAGGGGAGGCUGUGAGAGCUCAAAUCCACAGGACUUGGCAACGUGUUGGAUGCGGAGGUACCAGAAGUGCUGCCAAGAAUGCUUCCCCCCCCUUUCUUCCCCACUCCCCCCUUUCUCCCACUCAUCAACCCCUCUGGCCCCAAGCCAGGAGCUGGCUUCUCGGGCCCCUUCUUAAUCUCCUGGCCAAGAAGGAUUUUUCUGAACUGUUCCGUUUCAGAAAUCCCUAACAACCCCCUCCGGGCAAAACAUCCCAGAUUGGGGGGAAGGGGAGACGUCUGGUCAAAGGGCACUGAGGGGGGGACGUGCUGGAACUCUCCUUCCUGGGUGGGACUCCCCCUCCCCCUCCCCAGCCCAUCCCCAGCCAUCUGCCCUCUCAUGCACACCUGGUGAUUCAGACCCAUUCAUCCAAAAACAGAGCGGGGGACAAGUCUCCAGAGCCUGGGAGACUGACCCAUGAACCCUCCCGAGAGCCUUUGGGAUUCCAGACAGCCUCUCAACCACUGACUGGUCCAAGCUUCUCUACCUUUCUCGGGAUUGGUGAAUUCAAAAGCAGAAGGAGCUUAUUCCUUCUAGGUUAGCGUUUCAAUCUCCCUAAAUAGCCCUUGGAAACUGUCCAGGGGUUAGGGGCUCCGCCUGGACAGCUCCCGCCUUCCACAGUCAGACUCCGGGAGCGCUCCGAUGCCAGUAAAACAAAACAAAACACAGACGUCUUUUUGUAUUUUUUUAAUGAGGGAUUAUGUCCAUACGAUUGGUAGAUUAUUCAAUAAACCCAUAGUUACCUUAGUUCCA